GCUGUUCGACUCCAGCGGUGCGUCUGCAGCAGCAGCAGCUCACCUGCCUGUCUGUCUAUGUAAUAGUGUGUGUGUGUGUGUGUGUGUGUGUGUGUGCCGCUCACUGUACCGACCCAAACCUGGACACACGUUUGAAGGAGAUCCUGCCCUCAUAUGCAGAGGCGGAGAUGAACCAAUGAGGAGGCUGCAGCAACACAACAAUAACUGUCCACUCCGUGACUAAUCUGUUGUGCUGAAGUAUCUUCUGUUAUCAUGGCGAAGAGCCCCGAGGUUAAAGUGGCUGUUUUUGGAAGAGCAGGAGUGGGGAAAUCAGCAUUGGUGGUGAGGCUCCUGACCAACCGCUUCAUCUGGGAAUAUGACCCCACACUCGAGUCUACAUACAGACAUCAAGCCAAUAUUGACGAUGAGAUGGUCAGCAUGGAGAUUCUGGACACAGCUGGACAGGAAGACUUGCUGCAGAAGGAGGGUCACAUGCGUUGGGGUGAUGGAUUCGUGCUGGUCUAUGACAUCACUGAUCGCAGCAGUUUUGAGGAUGUGGGUCCACUGCGCAGCCUGCUCGAGGAGGUUCGGAAGCCACGGCAUGUGCCACUGGUGCUAGUGGGCAACAAGGCCGACCUGGACCAUGCGCGUCAAGUGGCUACGGAGGAGGGCGAACGGCUGGCUGCCGACAUGGCAUGUGCUUUCUACGAGUGCUCGGCGUGCGCAGGCACUGCAGGCACAGCAGGCACUGCAGGCACCGUGGCCGAGGCCUUCCAUGAGUUGUGCCGUGAGGUUCGUCGUCGCCGUGCUGUCCAGGGCAAAAGCAGGCGCCGUAGCUCCACCACUCACGUCAAGCAGGCCAUCAACAAGAUGCUCACCAAGAUCAGCAGCUAGGGAAAGACGAUGUUAUGAGAGGUUGGAAAAGUGGCUAAAGGA